AUGGAAAGGUUGCAAAGAUUACUAGGUCAAGGAGCAGGGUUAGGUGGAGCAGCACCACCCCAAACUGAUGGACCAGCAGUUGACAAUUCCGAAACCGUUUACAUUUCUUCCCUCGCAUUACUCAAGAUGUUGAAGCACGGAAGGGCUGGUGUGCCUAUGGAGGUUAUGGGAUUGAUGUUGGGCGAAUUUGUGGAUGAUUUUACUAUACAGGUGUAUGAUGUUUUUGCCAUGCCACAAUCCGGUACUGGUGUCUCCGUUGAAGCUGUGGAUGAUGUGUUUCAAACAAAGAUGAUGGACAUGCUUAGACAGACUGGAAGAGACCAGUCGGUUGUAGGUUGGUAUCACUCACAUCCGGGUUUUGGCUGCUGGCUAUCCUCUGUUGAUGUCAACACCCAGCAAUCUUUUGAGCAAUUGAACAAGCGGGCAGUUGCCGUUGUUAUAGAUCCUAUUCAGUCAGUCAAGGGUAAAGUGGUGAUUGAUGCUUUUAGAACUAUAGAUACCACUACGUUGAUGAUGGGACAAGAACCACGUCAAUCCACUUCCAAUGUUGGUCAUUUGAACAAGCCUUCUAUUCAGGCUUUGAUACACGGGUUGAAUCGUCAUUACUACUCAUUAAAUAUUGACUACCACAAGACGACCAAUGAUACAAACAUGUUGCUCAAUUUGCACAAGAAGAACUGGCAAUCGGGAUUGAACCUCGUAGAUUAUAACCACAAUGAAAUAGAGAAUGUGGAGAGUACUGAAAAAAUGGUGAAUAUAGCCAAAUUGUACAGUCAAAGAGUCAGUGAAGAGAAGGAGUUGACUGAAGAGCAAUUGAAAACGAGGUAUGUUGGAAAGCAAGACCCUAAAAAGCACUUGUCAGAUACUGCUGAGAAAUUGAUAGACGAUAAUAUCAAAGUUCUUUUAACGGGUGGAGUUGAUUCAUUGGCAAUUAGAUAG